GCCCUGGAGUGCUUCUUGAGUUGUUCUCAAAAUGGCUGCGCCCGAAGAAAACACGCUUCCUCGUGAAGAUGAAGAAAUUGAAGAGAUGGAAGCGGGUGACAGCGAUGAAGAUGAGAUGGAGGAAGAAGGACAAGAGGAGGAAGCUGGGGAGAGUGAAGUGUAUGUGCCUGGCGUUAAGCCGCUUCAGCCGGGAGAAGAGCUAGAGAUGGACCGCUCGGCUUACCGCAUGUAUCACGAGUGCCAGACAGGUGCCCCUUGUUUGAGUUUUGAUGUAGUACGUGAUGCUGAGGGAGAAGGAAGAGAGAAGUUUCCCCUGUCCAUGCUACUGUGUGCAGGUACACAAGCAGACACGGCUCUCAGUAACAGACUCAUUGUCAUGCGCAUGCACAACCUGUAUGGGACUGAAAAAGAGACGGAGGAGGAGGAGGAGAGCAGUGAUGAGAGUGAUGAUGAUGAUGAUGAAGAAGAUAAUAAGCCACAGAUGGAGUUGGCCAUGGUGCCCCAUUAUGGAGGAAUAAAUAGAGUCAGAGUGACCCAGAAUGGUGAGCAGUCAUUGGCUGCUGUUUGGUGUGAGAAAGGUCUGGUGGAAAUUUUUGAUCUUCGGCCACAGCUGGAAGCUGUUAACAGCUCUACUGCCAUGGCAGCAUUCAUUAAACAGCAUAAGGAGGCUACACCUUUGUUCAGUUUCUCAGGUCAUAUGACAGAAGGCUUUGCUAUUGACUGGUCUCCUAAAGUACCAGGCCGGCUUGUGAGUGGAGAUUGCAAGAAGAACAUUCAUGUGUGGGAGCCAAGAGAAGGUGGAACUUCCUGGCAGAUUGACCAACGGCCUUUUAGCUCGCAUAACAAGUCUGUUGAGGACCUACAGUGGUCACCAACUGAAGCAACAGUUUUUGCCUCCUGCUCAGUGGAUCAGUCCAUUCGCAUUUGGGAUAUCAGAGCUCCACCAAAAUCCAUGCUUUCAGCCAAUGAGGCUCACUCCUCAGACGUCAAUGUCAUCAGUUGGAAUCGGAAUGAACCGUUUCUGUUAUCUGGAGGAGAUGAUGGGCUUCUGAAGGUGUGGGACUUGAGGCAGUUCCAGUCUGGGCAUCCGGUGGCCAGCUUCAAGCAGCACAGUGCUCCGAUCACAUCGGUGGAAUGGAGUCCCAUCGAUUCCAGUGUGUUUGCCGCAUCUGGAGCAGAUGACGUUAUCAGCCAAUGGGAUCUGUCGGUGGAGUCAUGUGACAUAAGUGAACAAGCUGAAAGCUUAAAGAAGCUCCCUCCACAACUGCUGUUUUUGCAUCAGGGCCAGAAAGAGGUCAAGGAGCUCCACUGGCAUCCGCAGAUCCAGGGCACUCUCAUCUCCACUGCGCUGUCAGGAUUCAACGUUUUCAGGACUAUUUCAGUGUAAACAGCAAAGUGGUUUUGUGCCUUAUGACAAUAGUAAAAAUAAUGUUAAAUACCA